AUGGCAGGGCCCAAGAGGGCACUGGAGGAUGCUCCUGAUUUCCACAGUAAUGGGAAGAAACCCCAUGGUGGCACGACUGUUAAUAGGGAAGUAUGCUGCGUAAUAGUUCGUAACCUUCCAAAGAACUUCAAUAAUCGAAAGAUUGAGCGCUUCUUCCACCAAUGUGGGGAAAUUCGAUGCGUGGAUACAAUCAUGGUUAAAGAAAAAGAUGCUAAGAUAGCGCGAAUAGAGUUUACGAGUUACAAUGAGGUUCUGGCGGCGCUAACAAUGUCGCUAAAGACAGUUGGCUGUAAGGAAAUUGUGGUCGAGGCCAUGCAGGGAUGCACACUAUGGGUUACCAAUUUUCCCCCUAGAUACGAUGGGCGUGAACUACGCCGUUUCUUUGAGGAUUUGGGCUUCCAAUGCCUAAGUGUGCGCUUGCCAUCCCUACGCUACAAUGCGGGGCGGCGGUUCGCAUAUGUCGAUUUGCCCUCCCCACAGUCGGCAGAUGCCGCAGCCAAUACGCUUAAUGGCAUGGAUUUGGAUGGAUAUAACCUGGUAGUAAAGCUCUCGGACCCCGAGAGUCGGGCACAGAGGUCAGAUGCAGGAACGAUAGAAAAAAGAGAGGUAUUAAUACGCGGGUUAGAUUUUAUAAAAGUGACUAUUGAGAAACUUCAAGGCCUCGUAGAGCCUUUUGGUGAGGUAGAAAAACUCAUAAUGCCUCCGAGUAGCGAUUCUGCGGAUGGUAGACAUAAUCGGGGAUUUGCUUUUGUUACUUAUAAAGAUGCAGCAGCUGCAGAGGCUGCUCUUGCUCUGCACAACACUGUAUUUGAAGAUAGACGGCUCACGGUAGCCAUGGCGGAUCGAAAGCCGUACCUUGAAAGACAGAAAGUGAAGCAAAUUUUGGUUUCUCGGAAACCACAGCCUAAUAUCCUGGGACUAUUUCCCAUAUCAGAUACGUUAUCCAAAGAGUGUAUUCGUAGCCUGGUCAAAGAAAAGGCCCCGUUUCUGGAGGAUAAUAUGCUUGAAGAUAUCUUGCUAGUUUCUGAUCAUGAAGGGGCGUUAUUGAUAUUCUGUGAUGAGAAAACAGCAGCCAAAGUAGCUCUGGCACUGCAUAUGUCGACAUAUGGAAAAGUUAUACUGAAUUGCAGCGAUGUCCGCUCUUUAAAGCAGCAUUCACCACAACUUGCGCCAACACGUAACAAAGUAAAAUCCGAGGAAAUCAGCAGCAGCCUCACAAGACCAGAUACUACUAAGAGAAUGACGAAUGAUGAUUUUCGAAAAUUUCUUCUGCAUAGGUAG